UCGACUAUUGUUUUUUCACACUCGCUAAAAUGAAGUGGCUCUUAGCAGUCACAUGUGCUGUGAUCUUCAGCACGUACGUGGGAGCAAAAGAAGAAGUCGACAAUGAAGUUAGCAAAAGCUCUCCCGGUGGUGUAGUGUACCUAAUUGAAAGUAUUAGUGAUGGGAAGAAUGCUGAUGGGCAUCAACCUAGUUAUGUGUUGGCGGAUCCGAUACCCAUUGAUCAAGCGGGAGAUGGAGUUUACUUUAAACCGCUUGAUGGACAACCUCUGGAUACACCAAAGAAACUGGUAGUACCUCCACCCGAUGACCACGUAGUUUCACGCAAAAAGCGAAGUGUUCUUCUAGAAAAGUUAAUCCAUGGAGACGGCAAAGGAGGUGGGUACGGAGGUGGAUUUGGCGGCGGUUUCGGCGGUGGUGGAGGCGGCGGUGGAGGAGGAGGAGGAGGUUAUGGAGGAGGAUUUGGAGGAGGUAAAGGAGGCGGUUACGGCGGAGGUUUUGGAGGUGGUAAAGGAGGUGGUUUUGGAGGUGGAUUCGGAGGUAGUGGUGGAGGAGGAUUUGGAGGUAGCGGUGGUGACGGUGGGGGAGAUGGAGGUUGUGCCUAUAAAAGCAAUCCAUUUUUAAGUAAGGGAUGUGGUAAAAGUGGAGGAAAUUGGGGUGGUGAUGGAGGUGGAGGAGGAUACGGAGGUUCAAAGGGAGGAGGAUUCGGUGGUGGUGAUGGAGGUGGUUUUGGUGGAGGCGCCGGAGGUGGCGGUGCCGGUGGUCACGGUGGUGGCAGUUCAGGAGGAUACGGAUCAGGCGGAUCAGGUGGAUACGGUGGAGGAGGAUCUGGAGGAUUCGGAGGAGGUAAAGGUGGUGGAUUAGGAGGAGGUGGAGGAGGAGGACUUGGCGGAGGUGGCGGACUAGGAGGAGGUGGCUCUGGAGGUUACGGUGGAGGCGGUUCUGGAGGAUAUGGUGGAGGAGGAUCAGGAGGGUAUGGAGGCGGUAAAGGCGGAGGAGGGGGCGGAGGUAUUGGCGGAGGAGGAGGAUUUGGAGGCGGAGGCGCCGGUGGUGGUGGAUCAGGCGCUGGCGGAUCAGGAGGAUAUGGUGGAGGCGGUAAAGGACAUGGCGGAGGUGGUGGCCUUGGAGGAGGUGGUGGAUUAGGCGGAGGAGGUGGUCUUGGCGGAGGUGGAGGAGGCCAAGGCGGUUAUGGAGGUGGAGGUUCAGGAGGUUAUGGAGGCGGAGGUUCAGGAGGAGGAGGUUCAGGAGGUUAUGGAGGCGGAGGCGGUAAAGGGGGUGGAGCUGGUGGUGGAUAUGGCGGUGGUUUGGGAGGUGGAUUAGGCGGAGGAGCCGGAGGUCAAGGAGGUUAUGGUGGGGGCGGCUCAGGAGGUCACGGAGGAGGUGGAAGCGGUGAUGGAUUUGCCACCGGUUCAAUAGAAAUCAUAGGAGGUGGUAGCAAAGGCUCUGGAAAGACUGGACCUAUUAUAUUUGAGAAUAACGAUGAUGACGGAUUUGGCGGAUCUGGAAAAGGAACCGGAGGAGGUGGUGGUGGCGGAGGAGGCUACGGUGGCGGUGCUGGAGGCGGCGGUGGUUUAGGAGGAGGAGGUCAUGGUGGAAGUGCUGGAGACGGAGGUGGUUUUAGUCUUGAAGGAGGCGGUCAUGGAGGAGGACUAGGAGGUGGAGGAGGCCUGGGAGGAGGUCAUGGUGGAAGUGCUGGAGGAGGAGGUGGUUUUGGUGGAGGAGGCGGUUUUGGCGGAGGAGGCGGUCUAGGAGGAGGCAAGGGAGGAAUAGUUCUUGGUGGCGACGGAGACGAUGGAUUAGUAUUAGGCGGAGGAGGUAAAGGUGGCGGCCAUUCAGGAGGAUAUGGAGGAUCUAAAGGCGGUGGUUAUGGAGGUGGAGGCGGUUGCCCCGGAGGAUGCGGAGGUGGUGGGGGAGGUAAAGCAUAUGCAAGCGCUCAUGCAAGUGCCAGUGCCAGUGCAUCAUCUUACGGAAGAUAGCAGGUAACAUACUGAGAUUACUUUUUAUAUAAGAUGCAUGUGUAUGAUAUUAAAUUAAUAAUGUAAAUAAAUUUGUUUUAUAUUAAAAA